GCUGAACUUCCUUCAAGUUCGCUCACUCAACAAAAAUUUCCGUUGCGUCCAUAUCCUAAAGGCGAUUGAGAGCUUCCUUUAUCUUUCUACAGCUCAGAUUCUCUCUCCAAAUUGACUUAGAUCAGGCAGAUCUUGACCCGAUUCAAGCAACUAUAGAUAUGCCCCAAGGACUGUGUGCCUCCUGUGGUGCUGCGUCUCUUCGUUACAAUGAGGUCCAGCCCCCUCGGUCACCUCGUAUCCAACACCUUCUUUCCAUCAAUGAACCUCCCCUCGAGGGCGAACAAGCGGCACUGCGAGCAACAGUUUUCAAAGGAUCCUCAGUACUAUCAGAUCUCGAUGCUACAAUCUCAGAUGUUCGUGCAGUCCUCGAUGCUUUACUUCGUGAUCGAGCGCAAGCAACUGCUAAUAUCCGAGACGCCACAGUCAUCCUCCAUCCCAUUCGCCGGCUUCCUGAAGACAUCCUACGCACUAUUUUCUCUUCAUGUGUACCCCCACAAAAGGAUUACCUCUACAAUCUUGAUACCGGUGCGCCUCCCUGCCUGGGUGCCAGAAAUCCGCGCUGGACGCUAUCGCAGACCUGUAGGAGAUGGAGAUAUGUGGCUCUGACGACGUCCAAUCUCUGGUCCUGCAUCGACCUCGAUUUUAAUUUGUUGAUCCGAGUUCAGAGGAUGACAGUGGCAUUUAAACUCGGCUUGAACGUAGAGAGAUCGAGGAGCAGGGACCUCACGAUCAGGAUACGCUCGCAAUGGGACAUUGUAGACCAUCCUGCCCUUGCGGUACUCCUCACUUGUGUCCGCAGAUGGAAAAAUGUCGAUAUUGACAUGCCUGCCAAUUCGUUUCGUGGGUUGUCUGUGUGCAGAGGGCUGCUAUAUUCCCUCCGGUAUCUUCGUCUUCGAUUCCAUGGCGAUCCUUCCAAUCCAGACACGCUAGAUGCAUUCGAGUUCGCGCCCAACCUUUCCUUCCUAUCUUCGGGACCAGAUUUCAAUCUUCAGCAUGUCCCUUGGUCGCAGAUCACUGUGUAUAGCACUUGGGGCGUCAACAUGCACUGCGUCGAUGUGUUGAAGAAAAUGUCCAAUCUUAAGAGUUUACGCGUCUACUGUGGAAAAGACGCGUUGUCUGAGACACCGGUCAGGCUCGGCAACCUGGAAACUCUGACUCUGGUGGACCAACGCAUGCAAGGACAACCAUCAGCAGCUCGUAUCUCUGAGUGCUUCAAUACGCUCAGCACGCCAGCGCUAAAGAAAUUGGUAAUAGUACACACGGAUCUUCGCCCCUGGAGUUUUCCGUCCGCACUUCCUUGCCACUUAACUACUCUCGAGGUGGUAGGCCAUCUCACCGCCGAUCAUGCCAGUUUUGUAGGGUUCCUUUCUGCCAUACCCACACUCCGACAUCUUGUACUGCGUGUCAUCGGCCUUAAUGGAAGCCUACUGUCGGUCCUUGUUCUUCGUGGCAACGAGAACGUGAUAGCACCUUUUCUCUCCAUCCUCGACCUUCGUCUUUCCCGGUGGCACUCAAACACUAGGUCAGAGUUAUUAGGUUGCCUUGAUGGAGUCACGACGGCCGAAUGGAGGACUCUCGGAGUCUCCUGGAAAGUUAUGGUCUUACUUGACAGAAUUCAGGAUUAGCAGGCCAUAUUGCUUCAAUGAUGAGCACCUUGCUCAGAGAUGGCAGGUCUUAUGCGACGAAGGGCUCAUUGUACGAUGUGGAUUAGAUGAUGUUGAGCCGCUGAGGGAUCCAGGAUCAUCAAUGAACAGUCACAACAUUUUCCACGACGAAUGGUUUACCGGAAUGCCACUGUCACUUUAAAAGAAUAGGCCAUAACACGCACAUGCGAUAAAAACUAGCUUUUUUUUUGUUUUCCUUCUAGGUCAUCGUCGCAGGUACGCUUUUGCAUGCUCGAAGAAGAGCCUCUAUGACAUUGACCCCCGAUCGCGUCACUGCUGUAAUCGAUAGACAGUACACCUGCUGUGGGGUCAGUACAUAAGAGCCUUAGUUGAAGACAAUCUACCAACUCAGUUCA